CACUUUUCUGAGGCGAUGCUUUCCGAUAAAAGCGGUAAGGGGGACCCUUCGGGUCCGGAAGGUAAAAGAAAACCUUCCACACCCUCACCAGGGGUCCAGUUUGGACCCAUAAAUGGCAGAAAUGGCCACUUGUCUUAAAAAAAAAAAAAAAAAAAACAUCCCGACCUGUUACGUUUAGCAGAAAAUGUUAUUUUCAAUAAGUGUUUGAUCUUUACUCUGGCAAGUAGCUGCAAGUGCACUAAAACACACAGACACACAAGUUUCGUGGAGCCCGGUAAAAGUCCAUGAGUUUGUGUAAUCUCUUGCAUGAACAUAUUGUGCAGGCUUUGGCAGCGACUGUUCUGUGCUGUGUGUGCCGUUAUCACACCGCGCGGUGUUUUGCUGCUUGGAGUGUGUUGCGUUGUGCAGCUUUUAGUGUGUUGUGGACGAGGAUGAAGGAAGAACCGUUGCAGACGGACGGAGGCCUUUAACAGCACCGAUAAGGAGCCUUUGACGCCAACCCAGCGUGUGGGAGAGCCGAGACACAAACGGGCGAGACUAACCAUGGGACACGCAGUGGGCUGAUCUGCAGCAUCAAGUAGUAGACAUCAAUUGUUUCCCACUGUGGUGUAGGACAUGGCCACAGCCUCGCUGAGAGCAGAGUCGAGCCAUAACCACAGGGGAACAUCACAGCUCCAUGCAGUUGUUUCCUGUGCCAAAAUCAAGCGGAAGAAGAGCUUGUUUGGAGUGGCCAUCUACGUGGAGGUGACAGCAGACGGAGAGUCGCGACGCACAGCCAAGUCCCACAGCUCAUCCAGUCCCAAAUGGGAUGAAAGGUUAACUCUGAAUGUAACACCACGGAGCCAAGUGGACUUCAAAGUAUGGAGUCACCACACCCUGAAAGCAGAUGCUCUGCUGGGCAAAGCCACACUGGACCUGGUGCACGCGUUGGAGCAGCAUGACAGGAAAUUGGAGAACGUGAAGGAGGUGCUGAAGCUGUGUGUCGAUCACAAGGGAGUUGUGGUGCCUGCAGGGGAGCUGACUGUCUACCUAGAUGGACUUGCCGACAGUGACCCGGAGGACCCGGCACCACUAACCAAUGGAAAUGCAGCAAAUGGCACCAAAGUCCAACAGAAUGGUGAUGCCAUCCAUGAAAAUGGAGAAUCCUCUUCCUCUUCUACAAGGGCUGCCAACAGCUCAGUAAAUGGGACAGACUUGGGCCUGCGCUCAGGUUCCUGUUCGGCCUCCAACGGGGUGGAUAGUCAGGUGCCUUCCAGUUCCUGUAGCCCCUCCCUAGGCCACAUCAUCAAUGGCGACAUCACGCCCAACUCCACCCCAAGCCACCAACCCUCAGCCAGUGAUGCAACCAGUCGUACUCCCAACGGGGAGUCCAGUGACACUGCCCUCAGGUCAUCACCUGACACAACAGGUGAUGUGUUGCCUCAAGUAGAAAACCACGAGGACAGCACCCCAGACGCCCUCCAGCCCGACUCUGAGAUGGCGCCUAAUGUCACAUGUCAGCCGGCGUCUGCCCGCUCGCAGGCUCCAGCCUCCUCUCCUGCCGCAAAGCCGAGUGACAGCGCUGUGGCCGCCGGCGCCGCCACCGCUGCCUCCUCCACGUUCACCUCCUCAGCACAGAGUGGCACCGCCUCAACAACAUCGCCAUCAUCUUUGUCCUCCCCCCCAGCAAUGGGAGAAGAAAACGUGUCAGUGGCCAGUGGGAGCAAUAGUAGCGCUACGACCGUAACGGAUGCAGCCAAACCCAGACAACAGGUGCCUGCAGGCGGGGCCUCAGAUCCUCUUCCACCUGGGUGGGAGCAGAGGAAAGACCCACAUGGGAGAACAUACUAUGUAGACCACAACACCAGGACUACUACCUGGGAAAGACCACAGCCGCUGCCACCAGGAUGGGAGCGGCGAGUAGACGACCGGGGCAGGAUCUAUUACGUGGACCACAACACCCGCACCACCACGUGGCAGCGCCCCACAAUGGAGUCGGUCCGCAAUUUUGAACAGUGGCAGAGUCAACGCAGCCAGCUGCAGGGAGCUAUGCACCAGUUUAACCAGAGAUACCUCUACUCUGCAUCUAUGAUGUCGGCUGAGAAUGAUCCUCUUGGCCCCCUUCCUCCUGGUUGGGAGAGGCGUGUGGACUCCAAUGACAGAGUGUAUUUUGUCAACCACAACACCAAGACAACACAGUGGGAAGACCCCCGCACUCAAGGGCUACAGAAUGAAGACCCUCUACCUGAGGGUUGGGAGAUCCGCUACACAAGGGAAGGGGUUCGAUAUUUUGUAGAUCACAACACCAGAACCACCACGUUUAGUGAUCCCCGUACUGGAAAGUCUUCUGUCACCAAAGGCCCGCAGAUUGCGUACGAGCGCAGCUUCCGAUGGAAACUUGCACAUUUUCGGUACUUGUGCCAGUCCAAUGCUCUCCCCAGCCACGUGAAGAUCACAGUCUCCAGACAGACGCUGUUUGAGGACUCAUUCCAGCAGAUUAUGGCCCUGAAACCUUACGACUUGAGACGGAGACUUUACGUCAUCUUCAGAGGCGAGGAGGGUCUUGAUUAUGGAGGCUUAGCACGAGAGUGGUUCUUCCUGUUGUCCCAUGAAGUGUUGAACCCCAUGUACUGCCUGUUUGAGUACGCUGGCAAGAGUAACUACUGUCUGCAGAUCAACCCGGCCUCUGCUAUCAACCCAGACCACCUUUCCUACUUCUGCUUCAUAGGCCGGUUUAUUGCAAUGGCACUUUUCCAUGGAAAGUUUAUCGACACCGGCUUCUCCCUACCCUUCUACAAACGCAUGCUCAACAAGAAGCUUCUCCUCAAGGAUUUAGAGUCCAUUGACCCUGAGUUCUACAACUCACUCAUAUGGAUCAGGGACAACAACAUAGAGGAGUGUGGUCUGGAGAUGUACUUCUCAGUGGACAUGGAAAUCUUAGGCAAAAUCACAUCCCAUGACCUCAAACCGGAUGGCGCCAAUGUCUUAGUCACCGAGGAGAACAAGGAAGAGUACAUCAGUUUAAUGGCCGAGUGGAGGUUCUCCCGUGGUGUUGAAGGUCAAACCAAAGCGUUCCUGGAUGGGUUUAAUGAGGUGGUGCCGCUUCAGUGGCUGCAGUAUUUUGAUGAAAAGGAGCUGGAGGUGAUGCUGUGUGGCAUGCAAGAGGUAGACCUGCAGGACUGGCAGAGGAAUACGGUGUAUCGCCACUACACCAGGAACAGUAAACAGAUCAUCUGGUUCUGGCAGCUGGUGAAAGAAGUAGACAAUGAAGUGCGUCUGCGCCUCAUGCAGUUCGUCACUGGAACCUGCAGGCUUCCUCUCGGCGGCUUUGCUGAGCUCAUGGGAAGUAACGGGCCUCAGAAGUUCUGCAUUGAGAAGGUGGGAAAGGAAACAUGGCUUCCCAGGAGCCACACAUGCUUCAACCGCCUGGACCUGCCCCCCUACAAGAGCUUUGAGCAGCUCAAAGAGAAGCUCCUCUUCGCCAUCGAGGAAACGGAAGGAUUCGGCCAAGAGUAGACCGAGUUUGCCCUCCUCCUCGCCGUCACUGAUUUGUUCCACCGAAAUCAAUCCAAUAAUUGCACAAGAUAACCACCAAUGUAUAUAAGCUAUUUUAUCAUUUGAAACCAAAUCUUCAUUUGCAGCAUCCUUCUUGCCGCAAUCCUGUUAUACCAGACCGUCUUUAGAAAUAUGCAAGCAUCCCUGCCCUUUCUUUCUGUUGAAAAACAGAAAUCAUGGAUAUUUUAAAGAUGGACGGCCUUUACAAAAAGACUUCUAGCUCUAGUUCUAUAGAGCUUUAAAAGUGGAGAGUGGAUUCCGGUGCCUGACAUCCCCACAAACCUCAACUACCCCCAACUGUCCCUCCUACCCCCAAAAAGAAUGGAAAAAGUCAAAGCUCCCAAUAAAAUACAUUUUCUCAUAAAAAUGAGAUAUAAAAAAAAAUGAACAUCAAUGCACGUGAGAAAAAUGAGAAAGUAAUGUAGUUGCACCUUCUGUGUAAUGUGCGUUUUUGCAUUCUUUGGCCACUAGAUGGCACUGUUGGCUUACAUUUCCCCCCUCCCUCAGGCCAUGCUUUGAUUGAUCGAUCGAUGAUUCCCGCCAACAGGAUGGCGGUGUCGUGUUGAUUGCCUGUUUACUUCCGCUUUGAAAGUACUUGCAAGUGAGAAAUAACGUGAUGACACAAUCAUGGUGAAGAUUAGCAGUCAGAAAUCUGUUUUUACUUGAUCGAUCUUCACCAUCUAAAAACUCGUCUGUACUUUCAGAUGUGAUUUGAAAGAGUUUGUUUGUUUGUGUGUUUGUCUGCGGCGUCGAGGUCGAAGUCUGAAAGAGUUCACACGUUUAUAUUUUAGCUGUGUUAUAGCUGAGUAAGUACAUAUCCCAAUAUAUCUCUUUAAGAAUGGAUUUAUUUGAAUGGUACAAUAUACCAAGAGCAGAAAAUGGCCCCCUGGCCACACUUCGAACUUCCCUGCUUUAAACUUUCAUGUUUAGACGUAUUUUGAUUUUGGAUUAUGAUGAUAUUUAGUCAAGUUCUGUAGGCUACAAGCUAAUUGGGACUGAAUCAACAGCGCCUCUACUGGUUGAAAGGCAGUAAUGCACAGAAUGCCAUUAAAUUGGUUAUUAUUCCCAUUCCUGUUCUUUAUUGAUACUGUUUUUGAAUGUGAUAAGAGGGGGUGCAACCUCGUUACUUUACUUUAAAUACAUACAGUUGUUGUGUUGAUCCGAAUGAUUAUCCUCAAGCUUUUAAAUCUGCUACAAGUGUAUUUUACAGGGGAGAGUUGAUUUUUAUGUUCUUUAAAAAAAAAAAAAAAAAAAAAAUCUUCCUUUACAUCAACUUGUUUUUCGUGUGCGUGCUUGCAUGGCUACCUCGGAAGACAAGACUGCUGUGCCCCAACUUCCCCCCACCCCCACCCUACCCCCUGCACACACACGCACCCCAGCUCAUCAUCAACAUCAUCAUCUUCCUUUCCCAGCAGAGUAACAAGGUUACAGCAGAGAGCAUCCAUGCAAAGAUGAUGGACAAAACACUUCCUGGUGACAUGUUGAAGUAUCGCUGGGAGAUUUGACGUGUGUGUGUGGUUGCAGGCAGGUGGGUGCACGGUGCAUGAUCCAUCCCACCUUGGCUGCAGUGAGGCAGGCUUCACUUGUGUCAAGUAAGACGUACACAAGUCAAUCAUGAAGCAGAUAAAAGCGUGCAGUCCAGUUUGUUUUCUAGCAAGCGUGUGAUGCUGCAAUGAAACACCAACAACGUGCUUUUCAGCAUGUGGGUGACGUCUGGAAAGAGAUGCACUAAAUCAGGGGUCUGCAACCCGCAGCUCUCUUAUCGUUCUGCUGUGCCUCCAGCUUUUGUGCAGUCACUGCAGCGUCUCUCCCGAUGCUGUCACGAGCCUUUCAAAGGUCGUCGGUGUCGGGAGGUGAGCGUGUGCCAUGCAGUUCUCAGCCAAAGUGCAAGGAUCAGUGUUUCCUGGCGAGGAACCAUGACACGGGUCAACUAUUCCGCUUUGUAGCUUCCUUUGUGGCUGAUGUACAAUGGCAACUGAAGCAACAGAGUUGAACUGGAACGAACCGCUGUGUAACGACGCUUUAAAUGCAAAUGUUGACCAAAAAUCUGUGGAGAAUGCUUAAGAAGCCGCCAGGAAGGAACGGGACAAUACGCUGAAGGAGACUAUAUCUAUGUAAUGUUGUCAACUUAGUGCUCAACAUGGCUCCAAGUGAUGGAAGCGCGCCCAAACGGCUCUUUUGAUGCAAAAGGUUGCUGACCCCUGCGCUAAAUAACAGCAUGGUUUCAGAACUUUAAACCAUAGCAAGGGUGCGUGCAGGCUCUGCACUCACAUUUCACACACCUGAUGUAUGGACGAGGAAGAAGUCUUUGGAAAGCAUCACGUGUGAAUAUUUACAGUGGAACCCGUUUAUGCUUGUCAUGUGACAUCAGCCAGAGGUGCAAGGAAGGAUGGUUCUUCUUGUUUGUUGUGAAAUGUUCUAGUUUGUUUGUCCUGAGAAGAGACCAGUCAGACACACUUGUCAGUAUUGUCAAUCUUUAGUGAAGCGGUAGUCUGGAAGACGUCCCAAGGAAGAAUCCUCCAACGAAGUGACGCUCUGUGUCCUCUUCUCUGUGUGUCGGCUAGUGAAGCAAGCUGCAGCAAGCAGAUAAGGUUGGCAAGCAACCCGUCGGUACAAACUUCAAGCAAUAUUGUUUCAUUCUACACGGCUAUGCUUUUACUUUGAAGCUAAUUUGCACUUAACAGGAAGCCAAUGUUGGGAUGCUGCUUAGCGACAAUGAUGACGUUAACACACAUCAGCAUAAACAGAUAAAUUUUUCAUAUAAACGAUGCCUUUGGAUAUGAAAUGUUAUGUUGGCAGAAGUGGGCACACUUGAUAGCAAUAAUAAGAACACAUGCUGGACCACGAAGCAAACAGUUAGUGGUUUGGUUGGCAACUUGUCAGAAAUCACUUUUCUAAAGUCAAAGCAGAUAUCUCAACCUAAAACACAAUAUUUACAUUAGAGAGGCUGAAAUCAGCAUAUUUCUGUUUUGAAAUUAAAAAAAAAAUCACCAAAAGUGGCUAAUGGAUGAACCAUUGAUUCAUGGUUGAAUAGUCAGGUUGUGGACAUAAACGGGUUCCACUGUAAAAGCGAAACCUUUUCCAGUGUUGCCAUCACGUUUCUCCUGCCUCUCGUUGGUCGAAUGUGUCAAGCGGGCGUGUUUCACGUGCACAUUCCCAAAGACAGUCCCGUUUUUCUGAUGAAAUGUCACGUGUUUACCCAACCGUGUUCCUAACAAACACCAUCGCUGCUUUGGAUGCACACUGAAAUGUUUGUUGGCACCAGAGCAUAACUUAGCUUUUUAUCCCCCCGUCCCCCGUGCCACUUGUAAGCAGUAGGAUGGGGGGGGAGACGAUGACAGACAGGAAGUGCAUUGUAGCAAAAGUGUGCUUCCUUUUCCACGUUAAAUAAGUGUGUGUGUGAAUACUCAUCGUUGUACAAACUGCAUCCCAUCACGUACUUCAUUACUUUAUGAUUGACUACCAUCGACUACGCAUUAGUAGUAGUAGUAAUACCAUCGACUACAAGAGCCGCCCUUCCAUUGCUGGAAAUUGUGAUGCUUUUGAUUCAUAUCACAAAUAGACGGGAGUGUUUUGCGGGGGGCUGCAUGGUUGCCAGAUGCAGCAUCCGUGCUGCCCCCCUGACACCCCCUCCAAGUGUAACAUAUUGCGUGUAGAUAGACACUGUAAACAUCCACUACACUGUACAGAAUGGCCCUUUACCUACCCCCCUGUGUAUAGACCAUUCAUUUUUAAUUCCGCUUCAGCCAUUUGAAGACAAGAUACAAAUAAAUAUGUGAAUGACCCGGCCCCCUGGCCAUCAUUGUGCUUUUAUUUUGUAGAAAGGUGACAUGACGUUUGUACAUAGCGUCCUCAAGGCAGGAGUGGUUUGUGUCAAAGUUCAAAAGGUUCCACCAAAGCUUCAUCUGAACUUCUUUAAGAGCUCCACGGCUUCUUGGUGGACCUGAACACAACACAAAAGCACAUCACAUCUUCUCCAUGUGGAACACAGUCACCACCAGGUCCUUGUAGGAAGGUGACAGGUGAGAUGGGCUACAGAAAGGCAGGUUCAUGUGGGAAAUGACAACCCCCCGUCCCCCAGGACAUUUCCAUGUACCUGUUUGUCCUCCAGCGUGUGCGCAGGGUAAUCUUUAGCUUUGUUUAACCACAGCACAGCCUGCUGCUCGUCCUUCAAAGCCAUGUAGGUCUUCCCCAGCAUCAGCAGGUUUUUACUGUAGAAGUUGGGAUCAACUUGAAGACAAAACAACAAAACUUUCACGCUGUGCCCACAAUUCAAAAUG